AUGUUAAUUCAAGAGAAUAAUUAUUAUGCUCUAUAUAUAGAAAUAGAUGAAUCAGAACUGAAGUUUAUUUCUACUAAAAACACAUUAAAAUUGUACAAAUUGAAUUAUAGAUUAGUUAUUAAUUCACAAAAUAUACAUUCUACAAGAAAGCCAGCAUUCAACUAUGAAUCAGAACUAAAAAUAAAUGAUUUUGAAAAAUGUUAUGCAAAAGCAUUGACACUCAAAAAUAAAAAAGAUUUAUUUUUACUGAAAAAGCAUAUAGAUAUUGAUUCUUUUCAAUCAUUGCUAUUCAUAUUGACUAAAAUAAUGCUUCUUUCUUCAAUAUUUUUAAGCAAUAAUCUAUCCAUAGACGAUAUUUAUCUGGAAAUUGCAUAUCUAAAAAUUGAAAUCAUUUUAAGAAAGAAGUCAAUGCAACCAACAGAAGAAAUUGAAAAAGCAAUGAUCGAUGCUUUGAAUAAUCAGUGA